UCCCCGGCCGCAUGUUUACGUGGAGAUGAAGAUGGCGGCGCCGGUGGGUCCGCCACGAAGUCUCCUAGUCCCGUAACUCACCGAGCAUGUAUGAGUGCCUGUGAGGAACAGGAAUCGGAGGGCGCUGUCUGUUUUGGCACCUCGGGGCAAGCAGCCGCAGACGUUUCGCUUGGCGCUUAGUAACGCUGUUGUCUCUCCGCGCAGGGGCCAUGGAGGACGAGGAGAGGCAGAAGAAGCUGGAGGCCGGCAAAGCAAAGCUUGCACAGUUUAGACAAAGGAAAGCACACUCUGAUGGACAGCAUGUAGCCAAGAAGCAGAAAAAAAAGAAAAAGAUGUCAAACACCAAAGAUGAAGAAUUGGUAGGAGGAGGUCUGGAUAUUGACCCGUCUCAAGGAGAAGAUGCAUCCACACACAGCUGUCAAAGGACAGCAGCUACUACAUCUGACUUUGCAAUUGUGAGGACUUUGCACAGUGACGAAAUGAUCAAGCAGGAUCAAGCAUGUGCCACAGAACUGGAAAGUGAGAUUUCCACCACAGCAGAUGAUUAUAGCUCUGAGGUAAAUGACUGCAGUUUGACAAGAACAGAGAUACCUGCUGACUUUAUUAGGGAAGAAGAAUUUGGAUUUGGAGAGAAUUAUUCUGAGGAAGGGGUGCAGCAUUCUGUAACACGACUGGAGAUGAUGGAGAAUGAAUUGGCUGGAAAACAACAAGAGAUUGAAGAGCUAAACAGAGAGCUAGAAGAAAUGAGGGCAGCAUAUGGUACAGAAGGAUGGCAACAGUUACAAGAAUUUGAGGCUGCUAUCAAAAAAAGAGAUGACAUUAUCACACAGCUCACUGCUAAUCUGCAGCAAGCGAGGAAAGAAAAGGAUGAAACAAUGAGGGAAUUUUUGGAAUUGACUGAACAGAGUCAAAAACUGCAAAUUCAAUUUCAACACUUGCAGGCAAGUGAAGCUUUAAGGAACACUAGUCAUAGCAGCACAGCUGCUGACUUACUGCAAGCAAAACAACAGAUUCUUGCAUAUCAGCAACAGCUAGAAGAACAAGAGCAGCUAUUGAGGAAUUAUCAAGUGAAAAAUGAAGGCUUUGAACUGCAAGUUUUCCUUCUGCAGCAGAGAGUCACUGAAACGGAAAAAUGCAAAGCUGAGGAAGAUUUUACUAAGAAGAAAUUACGAGAAAAAGAAACAGUUAUCGAAGAAUUGGAAGCAAAAAUUAUAGAAGAGGAAAAAAAUGUAUUUAUUCUUCAGAAAAAAAAUUUAGCUGCUGAGAAAUCACUAGAAGAAGUAAAAGAAGAGAUCUUGCAAAAGAAUGAAGAGAUACAUAAUGUAAGAGUAGAACUAACCAGUUCUAAACAAAAAGAAAGACAAUGUUCUGAUGAAAUAAAACAAUUAAUGGGAACUGUGGAAGAGCUGCAAAAGCGCUGUUACAAAGAUAGCCAACAUGAGAACGAUACUGUACAAAGAAUGGAAUUUGAAGCACAAAGGAGACUUGCAGACCUCAGGGCAGAAUUAGAAGAAGUGCAUGGGCAGCAGAUUGUACACAUAAAGCAAGAGUUGGUUAGAGAGCAUACAACAGAGAUUGAAAAGGUUCUUGCCCAACAAAAAGCAGAUCUGGAAAAAACUUUGCAUUCACACUCUGGUAAUACUAAUGAAGACCAGAUACAUUCAAUGCAUAUUGCAAUUAAUGAGUUAAACCUGAUGCUUCAGGAUGCUAAUUACCAGAGAGAAAAGGUAAGGCAAGAUUUGUCACAACAGCUUGAAGUAUUGUCAUCAGAAAAAUCUGCUCUUCAAAAUCAAGUUGAAGAUCUUUGUCAAGAGCUGAGUUUUGCAAGAGAGCAAAUUCAGAGAGCCAAGCAGACUAUAAAUGAGAAAGAAUCAAAGUUACAUGAAGUAGAGCAGUUACAAAUCACUGUUGCAGAACUAAAAGCCCAACUUGCUUCUGCAUCUGAGAUCAAGGAAGAAUUAGAACAGAAACAUGAGGCAGAAGUUACAAAUUACAAAAUAAAACUUGAAAUGCUAGAAAGAGAAAAGGAUGCAGUUUUGGACAGGAUGGCUGAAUCUCAAGAAGCUGAAUUAGAGAGACUGAGGACUCAGCUUUUGUUCAGUCAUGAAGAAGAGCUCUCAAAACUUAGAGAUGAUUUACAACAAGAACACAGAAUAAACAUUGAAAACCUUAAAGAUAAUAUGGCUAUGAAAUCUAAACAGCAGUUAGAUGACUUACAAAAUGAAUUGAGCAAGAAGAUAGAAGCUAUGCACCUUGAAAAUGAAGACUUAAUAACAAAUCAAAAUGAACUCAUGUUAGAAAUAUCAAAGCUAAAAGAUUUGCAGCAGUCUGUUCUAAGUUCUAAAUCUGAGGAAAUGAUGCUUCAGCUCCAUGACCUCCAGAAAGAGAUAGAAGUGCUUAGGCAGGAAGAAAAAGUAAAGGGUGCAUUUGAACAGGAAGUUCAGGAGUUGCAACUUAAAACAGAAUUAUUGGAAAAGCAAAUGAAAGAGCGAGAGGAUAGUCUUCAAGAAAAAUGUACAUUGCUUGAAACACAAAAUAAUGUUCUUGAAGAUAAAAAUAAUGCUCUGCAAGAGAAGUUAAAGAAAUAUGCUAUUAGGGAUACAGAAGAAAGUUUGAUGUUCACUGAUGGCAUUAGUUCCAAGACAGAGGACUUUGAGUUGCAGAAAAGAAUAAAAUAUCUGAUAGCAGAAAAGGAAAAGCUUAUAAAGCAAGAUAUUGAACUUAAAGAAGAGAUGGAGAGGCUAAAGAAUUCCUUUUCAUUUGCUGAGCAUAAUUAUCAGGAACUCCAAAAAAAAUAUGAUUUUCUACUAAAGGUAAAAUUGGAUUUAGAAGAGAGCAAAGACAAGCCAGAAGCUGAAUACAAAGCCAAGUUCCAAGCUUUGAUGGAAGAGAUCCAACAUCUAAAAGGAGAUAUACCAGUUGAAUUGAAAACUCAAAGUACAAUUGUUCAUGGUAAGAGAGAGAGAGAGAACAUCUUAAGAUCAGAAACAUAUGACAUUGAGGAGGUUGUAGAGAAAGACUCAACAGAGCUUAUGGAAAAGCUUCAAGUCACACAGCAUGAGAAGCUGGAACUUUCACUGAGACUUUCUGAUCUUUCUGAACAAUUACAAUUAAAGCACAGUCAAAUAUGCCAAUUAAAUGAGGAAGUUAGAUCUCUAAAACAAGAUAAAGAACACAUUUCAGCGAAGUGUAAAGAACUAGAACUCCUAGUUAGCCAUGGACUGGAAGGGAAUAUGAAUUCUUGUGAACUUGAGACAAAGUACCCCAAUGGAGGGUUACAGACAAGCCAUCCCACAGUUUGUGAACAUGCAGACUUUAUUUCUGAUUCAUACAAAGAAUAUGAGAGAGCAAUGAGAGUAGAGAAACUGAUGUCAAGUCGGAGUGUGGGUCAUCAUGUUCCAGUGGAAGAGGCAAUUCAACAAAAUCUACAUCCAGAGCCAGAAUCACUGUUAGAUAACUUUCAUCAAAUGAGUGAUGGAUUAGCAGGAGACUCUUCGUGCGUGAGCGUUUUGCAUAGUGAAAACGCACUUCAGGAGCAGCUGGAUAUCCUAAAAUCUGAACAGAGUGAUUUAAAACUGCAGAUGGAAGCCCAGCGCAUUUGUCUGUCUUUGGUUUACACAACUCAUGUGGACCACGUGCGUGAAUGCAUGGAGAGUGAAAAGGAGAGUGCACUUUCUGCUCUUAAAGAAGAGCUCCAGUUCCAACAUGCACAAGAACUGUAUGAGCUUAAGAAAAAUCAACUGGAUCUUCAGAAUAGUGAAAAUCAAAACUCAGAUGAAGGCCAGUCAACAUGGGUGCAUCUAGGAAGGCUUAGCAAGACAGUAGCUGAAGAAUGUUCUAAGCUCACUCAGUCUCUGUGCAGCAUUCUACCUGCUGUUGAGUCUGAUGCUGAAGCAAGUGAAAAAUCAAACUCAGUAUUGAUGUUGAGAGCUGAAGCUCAAGCUUUGCAAGGAAGCCUACAAAGUCUCCUGAGCAAGAUAAUGGAAGAGUACCAGAGAUUACUGGAAUAUCACACACAGUUUAUGAAAGACCAAAAAAAGGUUAAAGAGCAAGAAGCAUCAUUUGCAGAAUAUGAUGGAAAAGAAAUUGGCAAGCUUCAACAGAAUAUAGAAUGUUUACCUACUCCAUCACAGGAUCUUGUUGAUCUUAAAGUCAUGUCACCUUCUUGGGAAGAAAUCGAUAACUUUAAAUUUCAACUUGAAGAACAACAUGCUCAAGAAGUUGAGCGCCUCCGAUCAUAUUUCCAUCAGCAGUUGAAAGAAACUGAGGAAAGAUAUAUUGUAGAGAUAGUCCACUUGCAAAACAGACUCCAAGAUGGCAGUGAGGCUUCUGAGUGUUUCAGUAUUUCUGUGGAAACACAGGUAAAUGAAGUUAAGCAGAAUGGGAAGUGUGCUGAAAGUGCUUUUCAACAAAGUACGGAAAAGGCAGUAGAGCUCCUUAAUGAAGUUGGCAUUCCUGAAUUUCUUGAAAAACAGUACCAAGAAAAAUUACUGCAAGAAAUAGCAAAGGUGGUUGUAACAAUGAGUGUAGAGUUUGCACAGAAAAGUGAACUAGCAAGGAUUGCUAAUCUAGUGGAGGAAGAAAUGUCUUCAAUGAUACCAAUACAAGCUCAACAGGAUAAUAAUGUCUGUAGAAAAGAAUGUCCUGAAGAAUUAGAUAGCCAUCAAAAUGAAGAGAGAAGCACUAAAUAUGAAGAAUUCAAAUCACUUAGUAGAGAGAUCAGCGAAGAACGUGGUGAAACUUCAUCUCUUGAAGGACAAUUUCAAUCAGAUGCGAAGCCUGCUAAAAUAUUUGGGUUGCACAACAUUGAUUCAACAGACACUUCCUCAAAUUACAAAGAGCUUAUGCAGAAGACAUCUCUGGUUACAAAUGAAGCUUCAACCAGCAUAGUAGCCUCAAAUCAGAUAUCAUUGUAUGAAGAGCGUUUGGAAGAUAUGCGUCAAGAGCUUGUCCGUCAGUAUGAAGAACAUCAGCAGGCAACAGAAAUAUUGAAACAGAGUCACAUGAAGCAGAUGGAAUGGCAGAAAGAAAAUCAAGAGAUCCUCCUAGCAGAGCUUGAUAGGCUUAAAGUACAGUUAGCAGAGGGUGACCCACUGGAUAGUGAAAACAUCAUCACAGAAAGGGAGCAGAUGCUUUUAGAGGAACUAGAAUCACUAAAGGAGCAGUUAAUACCAGGGAGAGAGAAGCUACCCUGUGAGCUAAUAAACAGUGGUACUCAGACUCAGAAUGAAAAUGUAUGUCAAAAUGAAUCCGAAGAGCAGAUCUUAGAAGGUGAAGAUGGAAGGCAUGAAGAAGCUUCUCCAGAUGUCCUUUCAAAAGAAAGAUGUGCCUUGCAGAAAGCUAAUAACAGACUGAUGAAAAUUCUAUUGGAGGUUGUGAAGACUACUGUAGCUGUAGAAGAAACAAUUGGACACCAUGUUAUGGGCCUACUAGAUCAGUCAUCAAAAUGUGGGUUGCCUUUUAAAAGUCUAGGAUGGGACACAAGAACAGAGGAUUCCACAAAGCCAAGCAUCUGUGUGGCAUACGAAGAAGGUCUGCAUGGAGUUGCAGCCCUGGAACCUGAAGCCCUGAAUAUCAAGACACUUGAAAAGUCAUCGUCUUCGUAUCAUGGCAGCGAUCUAGAAGGUGAUGGCAAUAUCAUGUGGUCAGAAGUCACAGAUGAAUGCCUUGAACUCACACAGUACCUUACAGAGCAUGGCUUUGCUGGAAUGGAAGUAGACUCAAAAAGCAAAGAGCUGGUUUUAAAUAUCAGUUCUCGACUUCAGGCAGCAGUUGAAAAACUUCUGGAAACAAUAAAUGAAACCACAAAUCAGCUUGAACAUGCUAAAGUUACACAGACAGAAUUAAUGAGAGAGUCCUUUAAACGAGAACAAGAAGCCACUGAAUUUCUCAGAUGUCAGGAGGAAUUACAAGAGCGACUCGAUGAAGAGAUUAAAGCUAGAGAGCAGUUGGCAUUGGAGCUCAGCAAAGCAGAGAAUUUUAUUGAUGGCUAUGCAGAUGAAAAAUCACUUCUGGAAAAACAAAUCCAGGAAAAAACAGAUGCAAUAGACCAUCUUGAGCAAGAGCUACUUUGUAAAGGUAACAAAUUACAGGAACUAGAGGCUGAGAGACAGCAGCUUCAAGAAGAAAAGGAGUUACUCUUCAGACAAAAGGAUGCUAUGAAAGCUGAUGCAGGACCAGUAGAACAACGCCUAGUAGAUGCUGCAGUCGAUGCAGCUUCCCAAGCAGAAUUGCUGGCAGAAACAGAAAAGCUAAUGAAGGAAAAAAUCGAGGUGCAGCGGCAAGCAGAAAAAGAAUAUGACUACCUUCAAAAGCAGGUGAAAACACUGGAAACUGAUAUAGAGGAGCAGGUCAACCAGUUUUUGGAACUAGAGCAAGAAAAGAAUGCAGAACUAAUGGAUUUAAGGCAGCAAAACCAAGCUCUGGAGAAACAGCUUGAGAAAACAAAAAAAUUUCUAGAUGAACAGGCAAUUGAUAGGGAGCAUGAGAGAGAUGUGUUCCAGCAGGAGAUACAGAAGCUUGAGCAACAGCUUAAGAUUCCCCAGAGAUUUCACCCAAUCAAUGAACACCAAAACAGAGAGGUUGAACAGUUAACAAAUCACCUCAAAGAAAAAACAGACAAAUGCAGUGAACUUUUGCUCUCUAAGGAGCAACUUCAGAGAGAUGUGCAAGAACGGAAUGAAGAAAUUGAGAAAUUAGAGUGCAGAAUCAGAGAAUUGGAACAAGCUUUAAUGAUCAGUGCAGACAGUUUGCAAAAGGUGGAGGAAAGGAAGCAGUUUGGCUCUGCAACAAUAAGGGGAGAAUUACCCCUAGAAGCACAGCUACAGGCUGAGCAAGAAGCUGUAGACAGGAAAGAAAAAGAGAUCAUAAAUCUUGAAGAACAAUUAGAGCAGUUUCGUGAGGAGCUAGAAAACAAAAAUGAAGAAGUACAACAGUUGCAUAUGCAAUUAGAAAUCCAGCACAAAGAGUCAACUACACGACAACAAGAACUUGAGCAAGAGAAUAAAUUAUUCAAGGAGGAUAUGGAAAAAUUGGGACUAGCUAUCCAGAAUCCUGAAGAUACUUCUAUAAAGGGUCAUCAUCCAGUUGCUGGAAAAUUUGUACAGAUCAUACAGGAAAAGGAACAGGAGAUAAAUGAACUCCAUGAACAAAUUUCAAAACUGCAACAGCAACUUGAAAUUACAACAAAUAACAAAGUGAUUGAGGGGAAAAAUGAGCACAUAAGGGAACUGGAGGCCCAAAUAGAAUACUUAAAGAGCGAUCAGGAGCGUGUGAAACAAAACAGUGAGCAGGAAAUGGAGCAGCUAAAUGAAGUUAUUGAAAAACUCCAGCAGGAGUUGGCGAAUAUUGAGCACAAGGUACCUCUGGACUUUUCGUUGAGUCAAGAGGAUGCAGAUAACUUAAAAUACCAGCUUGAUAUAGUGUUGGCAGAAAAAGAAGCUUUGGUGAAACAAGUGGAAAAUAAUGAUGUAGAGGUAUCUGUCGCAAAAAAUGAACUAGAAGAAACGAAAUUAAAAAUGAGCAAGUUACAGAAAGAACUAGAUGUACUGAAGAAAGAACAGGAAAAAAUUGAAGGAAAACAUGAAAAUAUGCAGAUGAAAAGUGGUAUGGCAGGAAUAGGAGGAUCAAUCAAAGUAGAAACUGAAAAUCAGAAGAAAACUAAAAUGUUAAAAAUUGAAACUCCACUUGGUUAUGUGGAUGAAAAUGCCAAAGAUUCUUCUAGCAACAUAGACACAAAGUUGCAGCCGCUUCAAAAGGCUCUUAAGGAAAAGGAUUCAGAGCUAAACCAAUGUUACAGUCAGCUCAAGGAUUUAAAAGAGCAAACCAAGUCUGAGUCGGCAGUGUUGAAACAGAAAAUAACAGAGCUGGAAAAAACACUCGAGCAAAAAGUUGCUGCGGCCCUGGUGAGUCAAGCUCAGCUGAACGUUGUUCUGGAGCAAAGUAAGCUUCUCCAAGAAAUGCAGACAGUUUCAGGAGACACCAGUGAAGCUAUAAAAAUUAUUCCAACAGAGAAAAUAAACAACGCAUCUGGAGAAGACGCAGUGUCUAGAUUGUCUGUGUUAUCAGAUAAGCUUUUGGAGAUGGAGAGCGAAUUGGCAAGUGCACAGAGUAACCUGCAGCUAGAAAAAGCAAAGGUGGAAAUUGCCCAGAAGGAAGCAAAGGAAAAAGAAGAGAGACUUACUGAACUGUAUCAGCUACUAGCAGAAGUAGAGGAAAAGAACAAGAGAGAGAAAGCAAGGAGUUCUAAUCAAGAAAAAAUACAUACUGUUCAGAUGGGAAGAGAAUUGAGUGAAAACAAAGAAAGAAAUAUACUGACUAAUGAUCCUGAAGUAGAGAGAAUCAAAGCUGAGUCUGCUGCCGCCAAGGAAGAACUUAAUAGUUACAGAGAAAAGGCAGAGAAAUUUAAAGAGCAGUUAAUGGUAAAAGAAAUAAAUUGGCUUCAUCUUGAAGAAGAACUAAAGCAAACCAAGAUCAAGCUAGCUGAGGCAGAAGAGAAAAUUGAAGAUUAUGUGAGAAAGGAAAAGACCAUUAAAAAGUCAGAGGAUGUAUGUAUCAGUAGAACCAAUGUAUCAUGUCAGACUGAGAAAGCCUUGCACCUCAACAGCUGCAACCAAACUUCACAGCUUCCUGUCAAAAAUGAGGAAAUCCAGACUGAUUUACAGAAUGGAUGUUCUUCAGAAGAAGUUGCAGAAAUCAUAAGAAAGUUCAGUGAAAAAAUUGACCAAAUGCAAGAGCUACAUGCAGCUGAAAUAAUGGACAUGGAGACACAGCAUAUCUCUGAAUCAGAAGCACUGAAAAGAGAGCAGUUUAUUGUAGUGCAGGAAUUAACUGAAGAAUGCAACACUUUGAAGGAUGUCAUAGAAGCCCUGAGAGAUAAAGAGGGGAUCCCUGGCAUAGCCCAAUCUGCAUCUUCUAAUGCUAGAGGCGGAUGCUCUAGUGACUCUAGUUCAGACUGGAGCCAAGGAGCAUAUCUUGUACUGAACCAAGGAUCAGAUACUGUAUCAGAAGGAGUAGGAGAUGAAAGUGAAGCUUCAACAGAUUUUCUUCCAAAGAAAAUAAAGGGAUUGCUAAGAGCUAUUCAUCAUGAAGGUGCACUGAUGCUCUCGCUCACAGAAUUUCCUUACAGUGAAAAUGAUGUACUUUCUCUUAAACAAGGGCCAGAAACUUGGCUAGAAGAACGUAAGGCUUUCUUGAGCACUGUUUCAUCUUUGAAGGAUUUGAUUACCAAAAUGCAGAUUCACAGGGAAACUGAGUUGUAUGCAGGAUCUGAAUCUUAUGAAGGCAUGUCGGACUGGAGAACUGAACUUCUGUAUGCUGUCCAACAAGUCUUUCAAAAAGAAAAGGAUGUUCUUCUAGCUGUAUUUCAAACAGAAUUGGCUGAAGCAGGCAUUAGAGAUGUAGUGGCACUAGUGAAUCAGCUUGAAAAGAGGCUUCAGGAGCAGGGUACAUUUCAGAGAACUGCUAUGGACUGCAUUCAGAAUGCAGAUAGACAAAGUCUGUUAAUGGAAAUCAAUUUAUUGUGUGCUCAGCUGAACAAUAAGAGAACUGAUCCAAAGGGGGAACUGGAAAUUGAAGCAAAACGUCAAGAAUUGUUUGGGUACAACAUGGAAAUGCAAAUGGAGCUCAAUAAUAUAAAGGACAAAGCAGCUGAACUUCAAGAGCAGUUGAAUUCUGAGAGGAUGGUGGUUGCAGAACUAAAGAAUGAACUUGGGCAAACGAAAUUAGAACUGGAAACAACACUGAAAGCACAACAUAAGCACUUAAGAGAUCUGGAAGCCCUCAGAAAUGAACUUAAGGGAAAAGCAGCUGAAUUAGAUAUGCUAAAAGAUACAAUGGUAAGCGAACAGAAGAAAUCAAGAGAGCUUCAAUGGGUGUUGGAGAAGGAAAAGGCUAAAAUAGAACGCAGUGAAGAAAAAGGAAAAGAAGAGCUUGAGGAUUUGAAAUACACUCUUGAAAAUGAAAAACAAAAAAUUAUAGAACUGAGUAAUCUUUUGGAGCUGGAGAGAGAAUUGUCAAAUGAUUUGCAAAAGAAGAUCCAGUCCCAAGAAACGCUGAAUGCAGCCCAGUUGUCACAGGAGCGCAGCCGUAACUCUGAGCUUCAGGUACUCCUAGAAUCUGAGAGGUUCAGGGUUCUUGAGAUAAGCAGUGCACUAGAAAGAGAAAAAGAGUUGUGUGCACAGCUUCAGAUGUCUGAACAGAAAAGUCAAGAUGGAACUCUUACUCCAGCUGAAGAAUUGCUCCAGGAUCUACAAAAACAACUGGAUGAAAAGCACGACCGUACAGUUGCAUUGGUUAGCGAAACUGAGAGGUAUAAAUUGGAAUCUGUGCAACUGAAACAACAGAUGGAAAAAGAGAGGCAGAUUCAAAGGAAAACUCUACAGACAGAGCAAGAUGCUAAUAUCCUGGCACAGAAAAAAGUACAUGAACUGGAGUCUAAGGUAGAAGAUCUUCAGUGGCAGCUUGGAGAGAAGAGACAACAGGUUCAUCAGCUGCAGUGUGAAGAACAGAAACUGCAAGAAACAAUCAAAGAAUUACAGCAAAAAGAACAAAGAAAAGAGGAAGGAGUAAAAGUGGAAAAAGCAACAUGUCAGAAUCUGAACGAGACUACUUGGGAUACAUCUAACGAGCGAACAAGAAAGUGGGUUUUCCAGCAGAAAAUAGGAGUUGAUGAAACAAAAGAGUUGUCCUAUUCUGCCCUCAUUGGUAUGGGAGAUGCUACCAAGGAAUCUGAAGAACCGCUAAUGGUCAGACAGAAGCUUUUAAAUGUGUCUUCCACAUUGAAACAGUUGGCUCACAAAGCUGCUCAGAGCUGUUUUUGUUCCAGAUUACCAUUUGAAAAAACAGGUGACGAUGACUUUGUUGGGAUACAGCAUUACAUUGAAGAAGUUAUCUUGCAGUUACAAAUGCUAUCUGUUUUGCCCAACCUGGAAGCAGAGAUGAAUUCAGACUUGCCAUCUUCUGCUUCAUUGACUGAAAGAUUACUAAAACAGAAUGCUGAAUUGACUGGGUUUGUCAGCAGACUGAGUGAGGAAAAGAACAAUUUGAGGAAUACAGUCAUGAAACUGGAGGAGGAACUUAGAGGAUACCAGCAAAAAAGGCCUUUUGGAGACUCUACUUUUAGACUAUCAUUGCACAAUGGAGAAAAUGUUGAUAUGCUAAUGGCUUCUGAAAGAGAAAUCUGGAACAAAGAGAAAUUGACUCUUCAACAAUCCCUGAAGCAGGCUGAGGCAGAGGUGGCCAAACUGAGGGCAGAAUUAAGGAAUGAGGCUUUUCUGAGAGAACUGGGAUCGGAUUCAGAAAAUGCUGCUUUAAAGAGAAUUUAUGGCAGAUAUUUGAGAGCAGAGAGCUUUCGGAAAGCUCUCAUAUAUCAGAAGAAAUAUUUGCUGCUCUUAUUGGGCGGGUUUCAGGAGUGUGAAGAAGCCACCUUAUCGCUCAUUGCAAGAAUGGGCGGGCAGCCUUCCUACACAGACCUAGAGGUUAUUACCCACCGUUCAAAGGGUUUUACACGGUUCCGCUCAGCAGUUAGAGUAUUAAUCGCAAUUUCAAGAAUGAAGUUUCUAGUUCGCCGAUGGCACAGAGUUACUGGUUAUAGUUUAAUAGGCAUCAACAGAGAUGGUUUUAGCCAGAACACAGGUAAUGAACUACGGCCUGAUUCAUUCUCUUGCGGUCUGGAGCUGUAUGGAGAAAAUAGACAUCUGUCUUAUCGAUCCAGAUCAGAGCUGGAAUCACUCAGAUCUCCUCUAAGCUAUCAACAUAGGUACCAGGGCAUUCACACUGACCUAAGCCCAGUUUCUGUUGCGUGUUCUCAGCUUCAGAAUUAUGACCCUGACCGGGCUUUAACAGAUUAUAUCAAUCGUCUGGAGGCUCUACAGAGGCGACUUGGCAGUGUACAGUCAGCACCUGCUUCACACACUCAACUGCAUUCUGGUGUCAGAAGAUAAUCUUUGUGACAUUUUCACCUCUGGUAGUGACAUCAAAUGAAAUGCCUUUCACAACUCUGUGCUGCUGCUGUGCUUUUGUAUAAUGUGUAUAUUGUGGGACCAGUAUGAACACAGCUCAAUGAUUGUAUGCAGUUCACCUUGCUGGCACCUCCACAAAGACUGGAACAUGUAUAUAGGCACUUUAUGUGGUCAUUUGAAACAGAUGAUUAAAUUUCAUGUAUAUUUGCGGAAUGCUAAUUUCAACAAUUAAAUUAUUUAAAGGGUAUUUAUCAAAUGGUUGAGAGGUUGAAACGUUUGUGUAUUGAGAUUGCUGAAUGUGUAGCUCCAAGUACAAAACACUUCCUGAUGAGGCUAAAUGAAGGACUUUUCAUGAUUUUAUGCUAUUUGCUACAGACACUGCAGAGAAAAAUAUCACUCGUAGAGACCUAUUUUUGUAAAGGUAGAAGUUUUGAAUUUUAUGGGUAUUUUGUCAAAGUAAUGAAAUAAAGAUGAUUUCAUCCUUUUAAACUUGUUGUGUUCAAAAUUUUGAAAACUUUUAACAGUCUGCUGCAGCAAAAAGUAGUCUUCUGAC